AUGCGAGUCCUCUGCCUGCAUGGCGUUGGCACGAACGGUCGCAUCCUCGAUAGCCAGACUGUCGCCUUCCGAUCGCUACUCCCCGGCAACUGGGAGUGGCACUUCGUCGACGGAAUAAGCUCUAUCUACGACGGCCCCUACUCAUGCUACUACAUCGACCCAUCCCCUGAGAACAUCCAGAACGCCAUGGACCUCGUCCACGAAGUCAUGGACGAAGAAGGACCCUUUGAUGCAGUCAUGGCCUUCAGCCAGGGCGCCGCACUCGCAGCCAGCAUAAUCCUCAACCACCAACUCACCCACCCCUUCGACCCGCCCCUCUUCCGCCUAGCCAUCUUCCUCUGCGCCAAUCUGCCCUUCUCCUGGACACCCAACCACGCUACGACGUCACCUCCCUGA